GACAUUCAUCUCCCCGGUCCUCCCUCCUGUCCUCUCAAGUCACUCACAUCCGGGGCCGCUCGCCACCGGUCCUGCCUCAUCCACGGAGCUGCGCUGCUCCUCCCGCGCUUCCCGCUCGGGCGCCGGGGCCUCCUCUCCGUCGCCGCUGCCGAACGCGUUCCCCCGAGAGCCUGGUUGGUGCGCGCGCGCGCCGAGCUCGGUGCGCCUCGUCAGGGGACGCGCGGACGGUCGCUCGGCCUCUCCAGAGGACGAGAUCCGUGCACUGGCGCGCCGACCUCCGCUGGAGACGGCCAGCAAUGCCAGCCGCCCGCCUGUCCUCCUUCAAGGCUCCUUCACGAGAGCGCCGACCUCCCCUCGCCGCCUUGGCUGCCGCCACGGAGCGCGUCCGCGCCGGAACGCUAAGUCGGCAGGACGCGCACCACCUGUUCGACGAAUUGCUGAGCCAAGCCGCGACAGUCCCAGUACGCAAGCUGAACAACUUUCUUGCCGCCCUCGCCCGUGCACCGCCCUCAGCUGCCUGCAGCGAUGGUCCGGACCUUGCCAUCGCCCUCUUCAACCGCAUGUCCCGAGGCGCUGGUGCACGGGUGGUGUCGCCCACGCUCUCUACCUAUUCCAUCCUCAUGGACUGCUGCUGCCGUGCACGCCGCCCAGAGUUGGUGGUUGCCUUCUUCGGCCGCCUCCUCAGGUUGGGGCUGCGCUUGGAUAUCAUCUCCUCCAGCAAUCUCCUCAAGGGGCUCUGCCAGGCCAAGCGUUCAAAUGAGGCUUUGGACAUGCUGCUCCACCGGAUGCCCGAACUGGACUGUGCGCCUGAUGUCUUCUCGUUCAACAUAGUAAUCAACGGCUGCUUUAAAGAAGGUGAAGUAGACAAAGCGUGCAAUCUCUUCCAUGAGAUGCCCCAACUGGGAGUUCAACCUGAUGUGGUGACCUACACCUCAAUCAUGGACGCACUAAGCAAGUCCGGAGCAAUGGACAAGGCAGAAGUGCUCCUUCGGCAAAUGGUUGAUCAAGGAAUUGAACCCAAUAUCAAGACAUAUAACUGUCUGAUCCAUGGAUAUUCUACUUUUGGUCAGUGGAAGGCGGCAGUUAGAGUAUUCAAAGAAAUGGCAAGUGUUGGUGUUCAACCAAAUGCUGUCACUUUGAACUCAUUAAUCGAUUCCCUUUGCAAGCACAGAAGGACAAAGGAAGCUAGAGAAAUUCUUGACUCCAUGGCCGCAAAGGGCCUGAAACCUAAUAUCGUCUCCUACUCUACUAUGCUUAAUGGGUAUGUCAAAGAAGGAUGCUUCGAUGAUAUGACUGAUCUCUUCAAUUCGAUGGUACGGAAUGGUAUCGUACCUAACCACCAUAUUUUCAACAUACUGAUCAAUGCAUAUGCUAAACGUGGAGUGAUGGAUGAGGCUAUGCACAUGUUCGAAGUAAUGAGGCAACAAGGAGUAAAUCCAGAUGUAUUUAGCUAUCAAAUUGUAAUGGAUUCACUUUGCAAAAUGGGCAGGAUGGAUGCUGCUCUGGACAAAUUUAAUCAGAUGGUCAAUCAAGGAGUUUCACCUAACAAAGCUGUUUACCAAUGCCUGGUUCUGGGUUCUUGCUCUCAUGGUCAUUUUGUGAAAGCCAAGGAAUUGAUUUCUGAAGUGGUUAAUAGAGGUCUGUGUUCUAACAGUGUGUUCUUCUAUCCUGUAAUAAACGGCCUUUGCAAAGAAGGAAAGGUAAAGGAGGCACAGGAUAUGUUUGACUUCAUCCUAGGUAUUGGUCAGCGGCCUGAUGUGAUUAUGUACACUUCACUGAUGGAUGGAUAUUGCCUUGUUGGCGAGGUGGAGAAAGCACUGAGUGUACUCGAUGCUAUGAAAUCUGCUGGCCUUCAACCUGAUGAUGUUGUAUAUGCUACACUUCUUAACGGUUACUGUAAAAUUGGAAGGAUCGCCGAUGGAUUGAGCCUUUUCAGGGAAAUGUCACUCAGCGGGGUUAAGCCCAUGACUAUUAUAUACAACAUUAUACUGGAUGGGCUGUUUUGCUCCGGGAGAACAGUUUGUGCAAAGGAAAAAUUCAAUACGAUGACUGAAAGUGGCAUACCAGUGGGCGUUGACACAUACAACAUACUCCCUCUGGAAAGAUUUAUAAGACGUUUUAGAAAGUGUAGUUCAAAUCUCGGCACGUUAAGAAAAUUCGGUCGUUUCCAUUUUUGCCCCUGCGCUCACUCACUCACCCGCACUCACCCAUUCCCCUCUCGCACUCACUCGCCCGCGUCGACGUCUCCCUGCCCGAAUCCGGCGCGGUGGCGACGCUCCUCCCUCUCGCCCGCGUCGACACCUCCCCCUCGGCCGCUUCGCAGCCUCCCUUCUCCUCUUGUCGCCGCCUCUCCCUCUCCUCGCCCGCGUUGUCUAGCCAAAAUUGUUUUCUUAGUGAGGUCAGGAUGAGCGGGAGGAGCGCGUUCGUCCCCCACGCCGACGUCGGCGUCGAGGAAUAAGCAGGUGGAGGGCAUGGCGGAGCGCCGCCGCCGCAAGCACCUCAAUGACCUCCGCUCCGUCUUACUCCAAGAUCUAGAAGGUCACACAUUGCCGCCAAUGGAGCAGAGCAAAAGGAGGAGGGCGACACCCAGGGAGAGGGGCGGUAGGAACACGAGCGAGCGGCUGUUUUAGAUGAGGAGGAGCGGAGGCAGCGAUGACAUGGUGCAGGCGACCUUCCAUCUGUUGCUGACCAGUGGAGGAGGAGCAGGAGGACGUCGGCGCCGUCGGAACGUGGAGAACAAUCAAUUUGCAGGAUCAAUCCCAGAGAAGAUGCUCAGCGUCCCAAAAUUAGUGCAGAAGACAGGACAACCACGUAACCAUUCAAUUUCUGCAUAAGAAAGGACAACCAUUUAACCAUUCUGAUCCACGGUUCCUCUCCGACGACAGUGAGUUGCUGUUUGUACUCCAUGUUCUUUUGCUUGUACUGCUAGUGGUUAUGCUUGUGCUGCUAUAUCUUCUGGUGCUGCUAGAUUAAUAUGAGUAGGAGUAGAGUAUAUGCAGUAGUUAGAGUGCUUGCUCAGAGUAGGAUUUUUGUUAGGAGCAGUUAGAGUACUCUACUGGAAGUCUGAAAGUACUCCUUGUAAGAGUAGUUCUUUUUUUUAGAAAAGGAGGAUGACCCCCGGCCUCUGCAUCUAGGAGAUGCAUACGGCCACUUUAUUGAUUAUUCUCGAGGACCUUACAAAGUAUUACAACAAUAUGCCUGAAUUCACCAUCUUGGCAACAUAUGCCGCUACUCCUAUCCAUACGAUGAAGGGGUGCUAGCUGGGCCACUCAGACCACUCACCUAAGCCUAACAUCAAAAGCCGGAAGCCCCAGCCGAGCCACAUACCGGGUCUGGGGCACAAUUCGGUCAGACGCACUCGUGUGUCGUCGCCGCCAUCUUCCACAGGUCCAUCCACGCACCCCGCCUUGUAAAUUCAGAAACUUCAGUAAAUUCAGUACUGUAGGAGUACAUUCACUGUUUUUUUUUGCAAGUGAAUAGCAUGUGUUUUCCCCGUUGACCAUGUGUCAUUCUAGAAAUAAAAUUAGUGCAUAUCUAAUGAUAGUAGAUGUGCUUAGCUGAAACUUUAGGAGUGAUUUUUGUUGAUGUUAAUGUUAGGAGUGAUUUUGCUUGGAGUACUUGUACUACUUGUAGGAACAUGGACUAGUUCUUGAUCUGGUGGAGUAGUACUGCUAGAGUAACUUGACAAGUUUGGAUGAAUAGUCUCCUCUCCUUUCCUUGCCUCUCAUCUCCUUUCCUUUCCUCUCCUUGCUUUUCCUCUCGUUGCCUUUUCUCUUCUUCUCAAACAAACAAACUCUCCUUUAGUGUACUAUAGCUAAAACACAACACACA